UAUUUCUUCUUCUUCUCUUUUCUAAACAAAAAUGACAUCCAUCCAACCUGGUAUCUCUUUAUUCACAUCGCCUCAUGUCCAUCCUGAAGAAAACGUAGACACCGUCUCUCUUUAUGAUUUACUUUACCAUGAAGAUUUAGAAUAUAUUGUACAAAUGAACUUUCUUGUGGAUUUAACUUACCUCAUGUCUCACUUACAUCCAAAUUUCAAAAAUGGAAACGUGCCUUUGGUGGUAGUCUAUGGUCAUACUGAUCCUGAUAUUGCUCGUCAAAUAACAAAGGAUUACUCGUGGGUACAAUUGGUGGAACCUCACUUAAAGGACAGAUAUGGAUCUCAUCAUACCAAAGCCAUGAUCUUAUUCUUCAAUACAAAUGGUAUUCAAACAGCACAAAUUGUUAUCAUGACGGCUAACAUGGUUCAAGAUGACUGGGAAAGGAUGACUCAAGGUCUUUAUCGAACACCACGUUGUCAACUUAAAAUCAAUUCUACUUCAUCAUCUUAUUCACCAGCUGGUUCACUUCAAGGUAUGGAAUUUGAAUCUCCUUUUGCUCGAGAUAUGAUCAACUAUCUUCAUGGAUACAAUUUGCCAGUGUUGAACGAGGUAGCUCAGCGAUUACGAUAUUAUGAUUGGAGUCCUUGUAAAGCCAUCUUGAUUGGAUCUAUUCCAGGUCGACAUAAAGCUCAAGAUUUGAAAAAAUGGGGAAUGUUAAGGUUGGCUCAAGUUUUACAAGAUCAUGUCCAUCUUCCUGAACAAUGUUGUCAUGAAUCAUCCAUCGUUAUUCAGUGUUCUAGUAUUGCCAAUAUGACAGAACGAUUCAUCCAUUCUUUUGAACAAUGCCUUUCUGCGGCUAACAAUGCAAAGGACGCGAAUCAUGCCAAGAUUCGUUUGGUUUAUCCUACAAUGGAGACUGUUGCAGAGAGUUGUACUGGAUUGUUAGACAGUGGUGGAUUUCUUCGUUUAGAUGAAGAUGUAUAUAAAAAGAAUCAGGCUUGGUUUGAAGAACAUAUGGUGGAAUGGGCAAGUUAUACAGUAGGACGACAAUAUUUGAUGCCUCAUAUCAAAACCUAUACCAGAAUAUAUCACGACACUAUCACGGACAAGUAUGCGCUGGCUUGGUUCUUACUGACUUCACAUAAUCUUAGUAGAGCAGCUUGGGGUGAUCAGCAAGUCAAUGGUACUCAACUUUAUAUCAAAAGUUAUGAACUUGGUGUUUUAAUAUGUCCAUCUCUAUGGGAGACGAAUCAAGAUCCAUAUAUUGAAAUGAUGCCUUCCACUCUUUUUGAUCCUUCUCCUUCCAAUUUGCCAGGCAUACCAGUGGUACCUAUUCGCCUUCCCUAUGAUUUACCAUUACACAAACACUCUUCCCCUUGUUUUGUCCGUCGUCCAUAUUAUUAGAUCUUGAUUAGGAAGAAAUAAAAAAUUGAUGUUGUACAUAGU